AUGGAAAAAUCAAAAAAUUUCCGCAUCGACGCGCUGCUGGCUGUCGACCCCCCCAAGGCGGCGGCGGCGGGACAGAGCGCGCCGCUGGCCCUGGUCACCUCGCUGGGCGGCAGCGGCAGUAGCAGCAGCGGGAGCGGCAGCCCCCCGUCCUCCUCCUCUUCCUCAUCCUCUUCGUCCUCCUCCGAGCUUCCCGCCGGCGGCCCCGCUGACUGCCUGCGCACCGACAGCCCCUCUCCGCCGCGCCUCCUGGCCGCCCACUGCGCCCUGGUCCCCAAACCCGGCUUCCUGCCCGGUACCGGCGCCGGCGCCCAUCCGCAUCACCACGCCUCGGCGGCCGGCAUGGCCCUGGGACUGCACCCUGCGGCGCCCGGCGGGCCGGGCAUGCCGGCGCAGGCGGCCCUCUACGGGCAUCCCGUGUACGGCUACUCGGCGCUGGGCGGGCAGCACCCGGCCCUCUCCUACUCCUACUCGCAAGUGCAGGGAGCGCACCCAUCCCACCCCGCCGCCGACCCCAUCAAGCUCAGCGCCGGCACCUUCCAGCUGGACCAGUGGCUGCGGGCCUCCACCGCCGGCAUGAUCCUGCCCAAAAUGCCCGACUUCAACUCCCAGGCGCAGUCCAACCUGCUGGGGAAGUGCCGCCGGCCCCGCACGGCCUUCACCAGCCAGCAGCUGCUGGAGCUGGAGCAUCAGUUCAAGCUCAACAAGUAUCUCUCCCGACCCAAACGCUUCGAGGUGGCCACGUCGCUGAUGCUCACCGAGACGCAGGUGAAGAUCUGGUUCCAGAACCGGCGCAUGAAGUGGAAGCGCAGCAAGAAGGCGAAGGAGCAAGCGGCGCAGGAGGCCGAGAAGCAGAAGGGGGGCGGCGGGGAGGACAAGGGGGAUGAGGACCUGCUGCUGCCCGCCCCGGAGAAGAGCGGCGGGAGGAGGAUGCGGGAGCUGCCCGACAGCGAGCCCGAGGACGAGGAGGAGGAGGAAGAAGAAGCGGCGGCAGGGCGAUGCUGCCCUUACCACUCCUCCGACUGCUCCGAGGUGGACGAGGAGGACACGCAGCCCCGAGGCCGGCACGGAGCCCCGGCGCAGCCCCAGUGAGCCCCCCCGCACGCCCCGCUCCCUCCAGCCGCGGGCUCUGUCCGUCCCGUCGGGGGGGGGGGGAGCCCGUCCGCUCCUGGUCGGCACCGGCCCCGCUCCCCUCCUUGUUCCGAUUUCUCCCUGCUUGGAGGGGGAUGGAGAAGAGGAUCCCCCGCAUGUUGAGCGGGGAAGAGGAUUUACAGUGAAUACAGUGUUAUUAUUGACUGAAAAUCAGACGAAACUUGAGCCCUCCCAUCCCUGCCCCCUGGAAGCGCGUUCCUUUCGCUGAAUAUUGGAAAUGUUUUGUUCUUACUAUAUAUGGGGAAAACUGUUUAUGUCAUGAACGUUAAAA